GAAGCGAGUCAGUCUCGAGCCCGCGGAGAACAAACUUUGCAAACUUACAACAACAAUGAAAACAUGACCUAAAGCUUGGCAUCAAGGCCUACUCAAAAGUGAUUUUUAGGUGACGGGGGCCUCUAAAAAGUAAGUGUUUUUGGAGAAAAGCCCGGGGCGCAAAACAAAGGGUUAAGUUGAGUUUUGUUCGCCUCGGAUCAAGGAAAUGUCUGGAAACUAAGAAACUGAGGCAUUGUUUAUGUCUUUGUUUGAUCUUCUCUAAUACGAUAAAGCCUGAAGGCAUGUCGCUUUCAAACGAGUCUCGCUUUUGGACAAACCAAGAUGCUAAACGAAACAACAAAGGAGCGACGAUUUGUGCUAUAACUGAGAUUUCACCUCAUUUAUUUGAGGAUGACUUUGAACUGAAUAAGUCCUAUCCCUGUGCUCAAACACCACGACUUAAGAAGAACCUUUUGGCCUUGCGAGAUCAAUGUGCUAUUGGAUCCUUAACAGGGCAACUCAAUAAAGUGUGUAAUGUAGCAUCAGCAAGAAUCAACAAAAUGUCAAAACUGCAAUGGUCCCCAGCCUCCUUACCACUUCCACAGACUGCUUCACAAGCUGAUGAAAAUCUGUUUUGUCAGCUCAUUGAGGGCCGCUGUGUUUUAUCACAGUCUCCAGCAGUUCUGAAUCCAAACAAAAUUAUUUUGAUCAUUGACCAUAAAACUCGAGAGCUUAUAUCAGUCAAUGACCAGGCGUGUAAACUUUAUGACUGCUCCUCUUAUGAACUGGUUGGGAAGAGGCUUUCACAGGUUUUAACAAAAUCAAAUCAGGUUAUCACGGAUGUUUUGGAGGAGGACUUUCUGCUCGGAGAUGGAACCGUGGCAUCUGUGCUUGGAAAAGUGGUGGAUGCAACAAUUCCAUCCGGAGAAGUCCCAGUUUCUGUUUGUACCUACAGACAACCAGAAGGAAACUGGGUUUUUGUCGUAGAAAAUGUAGAAAGGUUGUCAGCCUUUUUGUCAUUUUCUCAAGAGGGUGAGAUCCUGAAUUGUGACAUGGUGUUUGCUCAUCUCUUUGGAUAUCAACAUGCACAAGAGUUGACAGGGAUGUCCAUAAAGACUCUAGUCCCUUCUCUAGAAAUCCAUCUCCCAAGUAAUUUACUACCAAAGUCCCUUAGGGUGCAAAGAGUACAUGGCAAAAGCAGACUGGGUGCAUCAAUUCCAGUGUGUAUUAAACUUCAGGGGGCAUUAUUAUGUGGUACACCUCAACACAAAACUGGCUCGAGCUAUAACAACUCUAUAGAUUGUUUUGAAGAAAAACAGAAAUUUCAGCAGGCUGAAGACUUGUCCAAGGAAAGCCCUUCAUCUUCAGAAGUGAAAAAAGAGAGCAGCCUUAACCUCUCAGCUGGUCCAUCUCUGAAGUACUCUGGUAGUGUUUGGGCAUUUAGUCCGCUCACUGGUCUUCUUCUGCUUCACACUGAUGGCUCAAUCUAUAGCAUCCACAACCACUUGUCUCUCAGCCUUUUUGGUUACAGCAAGGAGGAACUGGUGGGAAAGAGCAUUACCUUUCUCAUGCCUGGAUUCUAUGAACGGAUGUCUGGGACUGACGGAAAGGAAAGCCAACUCCCGGAUUCUCAAGUUGAAGGGGCUAAUAUUACACCAUCAAAAAUCUCUAAAACAGACCCCUCCUCACUAGUUGCCGGUGACAUGGCUAUGGUAAAUCAGGCUGUUAAAGACCGAUCCUCCACUGGACGAGGCAGGAUCUUCACUGGGACUAGCACCAGAUUGGAGCACCAAGCAAGUGCUCUCUCUAACCUUACUUCUCCUGCGGUCACCUCCACUCGUGUGCAAAUGCCUGAUAACACAAUUGAGCUUCUGGAGGAGGCUGCUCGUGUUGCUCCUUGCAAUGUUGAGCUCGCCAGUGCAGACACCACAGAGGAGCUGCUUCAAACUUUUGCUUUGGUAGAACCUCUUGGGGAGGAUACAUUCUGCCUGGUUUCCACCAAAGUCAAACGUAAGGAAAAGCAGAGUCAAGGAAGAAGAGGCCAAAGACAAAUUUCUGGAGUUUUAGAUACAAUAAAUGAUGACCUCCACGAUUCCAGCUUUGAGGUGAUUUCAAUGGAAAGCAGGUCUUCCUCUGGUUUCUGUGAAAAGUUUGCUGGCCACGCAGGAUCAGAUCCUGGUCAUCCAGAGCGCUCCAGUUCAGCCCUUGCAAUCAACUCUGCUAGCUGUUUUCUAGAUCUGAAUAGCGAUGGGGAACUAGUAACACGGGCCUUGGCUGACCUCGACUUGAGUGGCAAUUUAGAACAGUUUAACGACAGACAGAGCCACCAGGAAACCCAGCGCACUACAACUACCUGUGACACUGCAGAGCUUCUCCAGACUAGAUCUCCUCCUGUCUCAGAAAAUGACCAUAGACCAGCUCAAGUUGAAGAUCCCACUGCUGAACGUGUUCCAAAUGACCACAAGCAAAACCAGCUGGCAGUGAUACAGCCGUUGUCUGAUGUUCAUGUCACAUCUACCCCUAAGAAGCAAAAGGAACUCCUCAGUGCACCAGAGAUAGUGGAAGGACAAUUUGAGAUCUGUGCAUACCACAGAGAUGGCACACGGAUAGAUAUGCAGUGUGAUGUUUGCAGGACCUCUCUCCCUGAUGGAUGCUUUCUGUAUUGUGUCUGGAUGAGUAGACCUGGUCACCAGGGGUCACUGUUGCUUACCAGAAAAUCACUACAUGAUGAGUCCAAAAGCAGUCUAGGGGAGAGAAUAGGUGAAGCUACUCAUGGAGACUCAUUGCGCACUACUAUGGACCUGGAGCACUCCUGUGCAUAUGAUGGUCAAUUUGAAGAAGAGUAUCAGACUGUUAAAGCUGUUGGUAAAGGAGCCUUUGGGUUUGUUUGGAAAGCAAUAAGGCGCAUUGAUGGACAUGAAGUUGUUGUAAAGUUCAUCAACAAAAAAAGAAUAGUGAGUGACAGCUGGGUGGAUGAUCCCAUGCUUGGAAGAGUUAGCCAGGAAAUUGCCAUCCUCACUCGAGUACAGCACCACAACAUUGUCAAGGUGAUGGAGGUUUUUGAGAAUGGGGGAUAUUUCCAGAUGGUUAUGGAGAAGCACGGUGAUGGAAUGGACCUAUUUGAAUUCAUAGAUCGGCAGCCCCGACUGGAUGAACCUCUCGCCAGCUAUAUUUUCAGACAGCUUGUGGCGGCUGUAUUUUACCUAAGAACCAAGAACAUCCUACACAGAGACAUAAAAGAUGAAAAUAUAAUUAUUGACAAAUGUUUCCACAUUCGACUCAUUGACUUUGGUUCUGCUGCAAUGAUGGUGCCUGGAAAACUGUUCUAUAAUUUCUGUGGCACGCUUGAGUAUUGUUCCCCAGAGGUACUUCAGGGAAAUCCCUAUGAAGGCCCAGAGCUGGAAAUGUGGUCGAUUGGGGUUUUGCUUUACACACUUCUCUUUAGUGAGAAUCCAUUUUGCGGUGUGGAGGAGAUUCUGAUUGCAAAACUCAAGCUCCCAUUUCCAUUGUCUUCUGAGCUGCAAGAGGUGCUGAGUGGGCUGCUGCACCCUGAUCCCGCAGAGAGGAUGACUCUAGACCAACUUCUGCUCCAGUCCUGGAUCAGCCAACCCAUUUCUCUUUCAGAGUACAGCUGGGCAGAGGUGGUGUCAGCCAACCAAAGCUUUUGCUCACCACCACCUUCUGAGUCAGGCCCCAGAGAAUAUAUUGGACAAGGUUUAUUUCCAGAUCAUGGUGAUGAGACUCUUCCUGAUGAUGAUGAUGAAGAGGAGGAAGAUGAAAGGUUUGCUCUGGAAAAUGAACUCCAGAAGUAUCUCUGAGAAAUUAAGAGGAGAAAUAAAAAUUGUGGACUCUACAUUAAUUGAAGGAGAGCAGAGGAGUCAAAGGAAAUAAGUUAGAUUUAGUAAGUUUAGAGAUAAUGAUGAAGAUGAUUCUUUUAGAUUUUAGAUGUUACUAAUAUUUGACCAUCAUGU